AUGAGAACGUCCCUCUUUUACGCCCUUAACGGCGCUCUUGGGGCAGUAGCCCACGAGUCGCUUGCCUACUUCAAGAUCGAGUCCGGAAAGGAAGAGCAUCGCUCCCUUGACGGUUGUGAAAAGUAUGGCAAGCACAAGUGGGUUCCUGACCCUUCCACAUUUGUUUUUCCCCAGAACGAUUACAAGCCUGGAAAGUCUUGGGAUCUCUGUGUUGACUCGGCUCAUUGUGCCCCUCACGAGGCUUUGAGCAAGGUCACCUUUGAUUUCAAGGACAACGCCAUCGUCUUCAACUUCAAGCACAUCGAGCACUACAAGUACGAAGAUGUAGUCGUCUAUGUCGAGCGUGGUAAGCCUCCUACAGACUACUCCCAGAAGUACAGUAAGGAGAGCGACCACUGCAAGAUCGUUGAUGACUACAAGAAGGCCAAGUGUCACAUUCCCUACUUCUCGCUGACUGAUGGUGGCUCCUAUGACGAACUUUGCCCCAUCAAGGACAACGGCGGCUGGAGGCUUUACAUCAAGAUCAAGGCCAAGAUUUCCCACGGUUACAAGAAAUUCGGCCUCUACAGCCGUGCCGGCGACAUCCACGAGAAGUACUUCACUCUCAGCUACACUUGUGCUGAGUGCAAGGAUUACAAGCACAAGGAAGGUAAGUACGAGGUGAUUGAGGACUAUCCCGAGGAGAAGAAGUACGACGAGUACAAGUACAAGAAGGAGGAGAAGAAGUACGACGAGUACAAGCACAAGGAAGAGAAGAAGUACGAUGAUUAUGAGGAGGAAGGAAAGGAGAAGUACAAGCGCGGAGCCGAGGAGAAGGAUGACAAGGAGUACAAGGAGGAGGAGAAGGAAUUCCGCCAUGAGCAUCAUCACAAGCAUCACCACCACCAUGGUCACGAGCAUGAGCACAAGCACGGCCACAAGCACGGUCAUCUUCAUGGUCACCUUCACAAGGAGCAUCACUACAAUCAUCAUGACAAGCAUCACGGCCACGGUAAGGAUCAUGAGCACAAGUACUACGAGCACGAGCAUCAUGAUCCCCACUACCUUCACGAACAUAAGGAUUACAAGCAUGGCGACCAUGGUCAUCACUACAAUGAGCACAAGCAUUAUAAUCACUACGAUCCCGGCCACUACCACCACCAUGAUGACUACAAGCAUCACGAGUACUACGACCCCAGCCGUCACCAUGAUCACGAUAGCUUCUUAAACGAUUUCUUCAAGAAGUACGGACACUACGAUUAUAACCAUGGAAAGCACCAUUAUGAGCAUCACGAUGGAUAUCAUCACCACCAUGCUCGUGAUCUAGCUGGUGAUGAGACAAAGGAUGAGUCGGUAAAGAAGAGUGAAAAGGGUGAAUACAAGCAUGACGAGCACAAGCACAAGCAUGGUCACCACCACGACCAUGACCAUGAUCAUCACCACAAGCAUCGUCACAGUCAUCAUGAUUAUCACCACUACGAGCAUUACGAUCCUGGCUACCAUCAUGAGUACAAGAACUACGAUCACAAGGACUACAACAACCAUUAUGAUCACAAGCACCACGAUUACAAGCAUGAUGGCAAGCACUACGAUGAUAAGCACUACGAUGAUAAGCAUCACGAGUACAAGCAUGAUGGCAAGCACUACGAUCACAAGCACCACGAGUACAAGAACGACGAUCACAAGGACUACAACCAUUAUGAUCACAAGCACCAUGAGUACAAGCAUGAUGGCAAGCACUACGAUGACAAGCACUACGAUGAUAAGCACCACGAUAACAAGCACUAUGGUCAUCAUCAUGAACAUCACAAGCACUACGAGCAUCACGAUCCUAGUUACCAUCAUGAGCACCACAAGCACUACGAGCAUCACCAUGGUGACAAGUAUGGCAAUUACAAGCACCACCCCAAGCGAUCCGAGGAGUACCAUGACAAGCACCACGACAAGCACCACGAUAAGCAUUACGAAGAGCCUGUCACCGUCUACUAUAAGGAAAAGGCUGAGGAUGUCAAUGCCAAGGCGAACCAUGUGAUUUACGAGAAGGUCCAAAAGCACGAGAUCCCUGCUCAUAUCUACAAGAAGCUUGCGGAAGCCAAGAAGCAUCACUAUGAUCAUGAGCAUGAGCAUAAGCAUAAGCAUGGUCAUGAGCACAAGUACGACCAUGAGCACAAGUAUGGCCAUGAUGAUCACAAGGAUGCCGAGGAGCAGUACUACCAGAAGAAGCUCGCCGAAGCCAGGCUCUCAAAGGCCAUCAAGGAGUACCACGAGCUUCACUAUGGGAAGCAGCACAACGAGCACAAGUACAAGAAGUAUCAGCAUGAGAACUACAAGAACAAGUACUACAAGCCUGAGAAGCACCAUGGUCACCACGAACACAAGGAGCACAAGCCUGAGAAGCACCAUGGUCACCACGAACACAAGGAGCACAAGCCUAAGGUGAAGCAUCAUUUCAACCACUACUUCCAGAAGAUUGAGCCCAAGGAGAAGCACCACUACGGCCACCAUGAGCACAAGGUUUACGAGCCUAAAGAAGAGUAUUACGAGCAGAAGGACUUUGAGCACAAGACUCACGAGGCUGAGAAGAAGUACCUCGAGCACAAGGAGUAUGAACGCAAGAAGCACGACCAUUCUGUCUAUGAGCACAAGCAAUAUGGCCCCAAGGUGUACUACGAGCACAACAAGUACGGACACGAGAACAAGCACAAGAACCACGACGAGUACAAGGAGUACGAGCCUGAGAAGUACAACCACGGUCAUUACAAGCCCAAGGAGCAUGGGUACAAGAAGCCUCAUCACGAGUCAGACGUCUACCGCGACAAGAAGGAGUUCCUGAAGAAUUACAAAUACGAUGGCGAGAACAUUCAUACCGUUUGGGAGAAGCUCUACAAGGCCAAGAUCGAGGAGAAGAAGCACAAGCAAAAGGCUUACGAGGUUCAUGUUGACAAGCACGAUUCUUUCUACAAAUUCAAGCGCGCAGCUUUACCCAAUUCCUACCACGGAGACGAGGUAGUAGAGAUUGACACUGCCAAGGUCGAGAAGUACAUUGAGAAGGCUGAGUACAGAAUCAACGAAGGUAUCAGCAAGGCUAUCUACAAGGGUAUCAACUCUGCUGGCGACGAUCCCUCUACUGGCACCAUCAUCAAGUUUUACAACAAGGUUGAGGCUGCCAUCAAGUACAUCAUCUCCAAGAACCUCAAGAAGGCUGUUAAACACGUUGCUGAAAUCGACGGUGUCAAGGAGCCCGCUGCUGAUGACGUUGUCAAGUCCAUCUACAAGGCUGUCAAGCAUAUUCUCGAGGCUGCUGACAAGAUCUUCACAAAGGGCAUUGACGCUCUCGGUGAGGACCCUACUGAGAAGGAGGUUGAGUAUGCUGUCGCCAAGGUUGAGAAGCUUCUCGCCAGGGUUGUCGACAAGUACGUCCGAGAGGCUAUCGUUGAAAUCUUUGAUCUGGAAUAUGUGACUGAGAAUUCUUAUGGCGAGUAUGAGAAGUACGACAAGCGCCAGGUGGCCAACGCUCAGAAUGCUACAGCAUCCGCUAGCAACACCACCGCUACCAAUGCCACUGCUCAGGCUACUACUGCUACCGCAACAAAGGCUGCCAACCGGUUCAUGAGACUGUUUAUGCGCCAGGAUUCUCAGAACUCUACCGAUGCCGCAGUCAAUGCCACCGCACAAGCCGUCGCCGAUGUCAACCAAGCUCUCAACACUACCUCUCAAGCUGUCAACGUCACCCAGGCUCAGAACACUAAGCGUACUGAGGUCUACAGUGAUUCAAAGAUUGAGAAGGUGGUGGAAAAGGCUGCUGAGAAGGCUGCCGACAAGCUCAUUAAGAAGAUCAAUGAGGAAGACAAGCUCAGUGCGAAAUCGAAGCGUGCCAAGUUCUACAACGGAUACGUUCCCGAGUGCAAAGGUAAGGUCGUCAAGGCUUACGGCAUCGAUGGUCUACACUCUGCUCCCUUGAAGGAUCUUAGUGUUGACUCGCAUCCCAAAACAUGCAAGAACCACCAGGGUGACUACAUUCUCUACAGCUACGAGGAGCUCCUGCACACCGUCUACGGCAAGAUCUUCGAGUCUCACGGUGGCGAUACCAAGUUCGGCAACUUCUUCAUCGAGUUGGUCAAGUCCCGCGACGGCUACGGCGACGAUAUUAUUGUCUCACUCGAUGUCUCAGAUAAGUACCAGUAUGAAGCUACUGAGGCAAAGGUGUUUGUCGGCUGCGAUCCAGGUCCCGACAACGAGUGGGAUGCGAACAUCUGCUUCGAGAAGACAUAUCCUUACCUGUCUGUUGCUGAGAAGGGACUUAACGAGUUUGUCUUUGCCAUCCCCGACACGUACCAGUGCAACGAGUACUUCAUUUCCAUUGUCGUUGAUUUUUGCGACAACAAGUACUCUUCAUAA